AUCAUCCGAGGGAUUAGGGGAUACGUUUUGAAUUUUCUGGGUUAGGGCAUCUGGAAACCACAUCGGCAACAGCGAGACUGUUACCGACAUGCAUUUGCCCUUUUGGGGAUUGCUCUCGUCGCUGUCUUCUGUUGGGCUUCCUCUCCUCAUUUCUCCUGGUGGGUCCCUCACGAGGAUAAACCCCAGCGCACCUUGCCAUUUACCGACCCUUAUUUGCCCCACACAAGCGAUUUCAGUCUGACUGAAUUUCUAUCCUCAUUCUCUAUCUGUCUCUGGGAGUACUAUAUUAGUGAGGAAACAUGGUUUUGGGCCUAUUUCCUGUCGACCCCCUUUCUGGUGAAAAUAAAUACUAUAUCUUUGCAAAGGGGACAUAUAAAGUGGGUCGGAAAGGCUGUGAUGUAAUUAUCACUAAAGACAAAGGAGUUUCUCGGGUACAUGCAGAGAUAUUUGUUGAUGAAAUGAGUUCCAGUAAAUCUUCUAGUUUGUCCUGUAAAAUUCGAAUUAAGGAUUUAUCAAAGUAUGGAACAUUUAUUAACAAGAACCUUGGGUCAAUGGAGAAAGUCCAUGAGUUUCCAAAUAAAGAAACAACUUUAGCAGAUGGAAACCUACUUUCAUUUGGAACUGGUAAUGCAAGCUACAAGCUUUCUUUUAUUCCACUCGUUUUCUGGGUCUACACUUUGGAGCCAAACCAAGUGAAUCAUCCCCUUCAAGACAAACUUUCAUCAAUAGGUGCUCAUAUUACUUAUAAUUUCAGUCAAGAAUGCACCCAUGUACUGAUUGAGGAACUUAUGCCAGUGAGAGAGGAUUUACUUGAUGCUAUUGUGGCAAAGAAAGCUUGUGUCUGCAGUAGUUGGAUUGAGUCAGUUGCAGAAGAAAAGAUUCGUACAGAAAUUCCUAGCUGCAGUUCCCAUACUUCAACUCUAAUGGUGGAAGGAGUAUCAGUCAAACUUGCGGACCCAAGAACUCGUGAAAACUGUUUGGAAGGAUACACUUUUGUUCUGGACUCCAUAAACAGUUGCAAAUUUGGGAAUCAGUUGCAGUCCCUAUUGGAAAUCAGUGGCGCAAAGGUUCUUUUCGCUGCAGGGUUUACUUCAACCAGCCAAGGCUUAGAUAACGAAGCAAACAAUUAUGUUGUUUGUGUCAUCCCUGGAGGGUCAGCCAACAAGCUUGGUUGCUUCAAUAAACUCAGCUCACUAUCUAGAGUAAAUGAAAUGGACUUAAUAUGUGCCGUUUUGACUGGGAAGCUUGAUCGAUCCAUUUUCAUAUCACCUUGCGUUGUUGUAUCAUCUUCAUGCUCCACAGACGAGACAAUCGUUGCAGAUUCUGAAGCCGAAGAUGAAACUGCAACGUCAGUCCGUGAAACUGCUGCUGCCCACUCUAGAGAGGUGGUCGAAACUGUGAAUAAGGUGGAGGCAAAAGAAGAUUGUGCUGCGCCCAAUUAUGUUGCAACCUUUAGGCCCAGUAGGGGUAGUGUUCCUCUCAAAAGGGAAGCAGAUACCGAGUCUGAAAGUGGAAACUUGGAUGUUGUUUGUAGCCAACAUUUAAUUGUCCGAGAUACAAGCACACGUACUGCCGGCUCUACUGCCAACAAUGAAGCUAUAAAUUUCAAACGCUUCAGAAAGAGAGACGUUCAAUCGGGGAAUAGCUUCAACAAUCUCAUUCCAUUCUCAAAGAACCCGUAUAAAGGAUCGGAUGAUGGGAAUGAAGAAAUGAUCGAGUCCGCGAAAGAAGAAAAAAGGAGAAAGCAAAUGGAGGCGAUGGCUGAAGACUUAUUUAACAAUGUAAAGGGGAGACGGCGUGGAGUGGCCGGUUCUAUUCAUGGACUUCUCACUAAUGCCUACUAAAGGCGACAACUUGCUUCUGGGGAGGAAAAUGGUCUUGAAGGACUGUAUUGAUAUAUUUGUGAAUCUGUUGAGUAAAUACUGGUUGUCUUGAAGGACUAUAUUGAUAUAUUUGUGAAUCUGUUGAGUAAAUACUGGUUGUCUUGAAGGACUAUUGAUAUAUAUGUGAAUCU